ACAAUAAUGGACUCCAGUAACCAGUUUCCACAUUUUCUGCAUUGCAGCUUGCAUGGAAGAUACCACGAGCUGGCUCCACAUUUGGUUCCAAUGGACUACACCAAUGACCCUGACGUUAAAAUCCCUUUAGCUCUCAUAGUCAACAUGCCGGAACUGAAGGAGAAUCCAUUCAGGAAUCGGAUUGUGGAAUCGUUCUCCGAAGAUGGCCAGGGGAACCUCAGCUUCAACGACUUCGUGGACAUGUUUUCGGUUCUCAGCGAAAUGGCUCCGAGAGAACUGAAAGCCAUUUAUGCUUUUAAAAUAUAUGACUUCAAUGUGGAUAAUUACAUCUGCAAGGAGGACUUAGAACAGACUCUAAACAGGUUAACAAAGGAGGAGUUAACUCCGGAGGAGGUUGUUCUGGUGUGUGAGAAGGCCAUUGAGGAGGCCGACCUGGAUGGAGACAGCAAGCUCUCCUUUGCUGACUUUGAGAACAUGAUCUCGAGGGCUCCUGACUUUUUAAGCACCUUCCAUAUACGAAUCUAAAAUGGCUUCAACGGAAGAUACCAAUGCUGACGUUCCUUGAACAGACAAGUCCACAUCGAAGGAUAAAUGUCAACCGUUUUCCUUUGGUUUUUUGGACCGGAAGCACACUAGAUGGGAUUACUGACAAAUGCAUGGCUGUUUUUUCAGAAAACAUUGGAUCAGAAAUUCCUUGGGUUUUCAGAGAGACAAAAAUGGAAAGGUGAGGCCUUUUGUGGGUUUGACCCACACACCUGCUCCUGGAGUAAAACUAAUGCGGGCGUAAACCGCUUUUAUGGGCUUCUACCUAUGUCCGUGGCACAUUGAACAACAUUUUGACUCACUCUUCUGUUUCUAAAGACUCUUAUGCGGGAUCAAAUAAAUCAUGGGACAGUUU